AUGAAGUUCUACCCCUUUGUGACCUUGGACCGUAGCAAAAACCGCAAACGCCACUUCAAUGCCCCCUCCCACGUGUGUCGGAAGAUCAUGUCUUCCCUUCUCUCCAAAGAACUGCGGCAGGAAUACAACGUCCGCUCCAUGCCCAUCCGCAAGGACCACGAGGUCCAGGUGGUUCGAGGACACUACAAUGGUCAGCAAAUUGGCAAGGUAGUACAGGUGUACAGAAAGAAAUAUGUCAUCUACAUCGAGUGGGUGCAGCAUGAGAAGGCUAACGACACAAUUGUAUAUGUGGGCAUUCACCCAAGCGAGGUGGUUAUCACCAAGCUAAACCUGGACAAAGAUCAGAAAAAAAUUCUUGAACGCAAAGCCAAAUCUCCACAAGUUGGAAAAGAGAAAGGCAAAUAUAAAGAAGAACUUUUUGAGAAAAUGCAGGAGCAAAUAUAA